CUCUCCGCCGGAAGAACCCGGCGAGGGCCAGCGCCGUACAUAUAUCCCGACCUCAGCGGAACCCUACCUUUGAGAAACCCCUUCUCCGCCACUAUCCAAGCUCUGCCUGCACCACCGCCAUUACUACUAGAGGAAGCUUCAACUGUUGUGCUCUUGCUCUCUAGCUAGUAGUGGUUGCUAUCGGUGCUACUACCGCCGCCGUCCAAACCCUAGCCCUGAUGCCGCAGCAGGAGGUGCCCGACCAGAUCGCCGCAGGGUGGCUCGCGGUGGAGGCGCCGGAGCGAACGGGGAGCCUCCAGAGGAGCGGCUCCAACAGCCGCCUCAACGCGCAGGCGCCGGAAUUCGUGCCGCGGGUCGCGGCGGUGGUUCCACCGCCACAGCCACCGCCGGCAGUGAUUCGUGUGUUUGCGGUGCCCUCGCCUCCACCUCGCGCGGCUUUCUUUGCGGCUCCCCCGCCUCCCCCGUCGUUCGAGUUCUUCGCGCCGGUGAGGGUUGGCGGUGCAUUUGUGGCCGAGGAGCCAGAGCCGGAGAUGGAGCGCGCGACGCCACCUGUUGCUGAGCCGGCGGUGGACGGGCUUACUGAUGAGGUGGUGCAGAAGAUCACCAAGCAGGUGGAGUACUAUUUCAGUGAUAUAAACCUGGCCACUACGGAACAUCUGAUGAGAUUUAUUAGCAAGGAUCCUCAGGGAUAUGUGCCAAUAUCAGUUAUUGCUGGCUUCAAGAAAAUAAAAGCUUUAGUGCAUAAUAACCCAAUGCUUGCUGCAGCUCUCCGUACCUCGUCAAAACUUGUUGUAAGUGGUGAUGGAAAAAGAGUAAAACGCCGACAUCCAUUUACUGAAUCUGAUAUGCAGGAGUUCCAGUCCCGAAUUGUAGUGGCAGAAAAUCUUCCUGGUGAUCCUUCUUACCAGAAUCUUAUGAAGAUCUUUUCAGCUGUUGGCAGUGUGAGAACAAUUCGUACUUGCUAUCCUCAGACUCCAAAUGGUCCUGGUCCUGCUACUAAUAGAUCUGCCAAGCUAGAUAUGCUGUUUGCCAACAAGCUGCAUGCUUUUGUGGAGUAUGAGACUCAUGAGGAUGCUGAGAAGGCAAUUCUGGAGCUGAAUGAUGAAAGGAACUGGAGAAAUGGGCUUAGAUCACGGCUGCUGAAUACUUGCAUGACAAAGGGUCCAGUAAAAGGGAAAACGGGAGGGCAUGAAGGUGAUGGAAAUGGUGAGGAGGACGUCUCCACUUCAAACCAAUCAAACGAGAGACAGCUUGAAGGAUCCUUUCAACUGUCUGAUGUAUUGCCAGAGCACCUGUUUGAUGAGAACAACAGUGACAAGCAAGGUCCAAAGCGUGGCAAAGGUCGUGGGCGUUGUGGUAAAGGCCGAGGCCGUGGCUACCAUCAACUGAACAACAAUCAUCAUUACAUUCACAAUGGCAGCAACCAUCACCAGGUUAUCAACAGUCGUGGCAGCCAUCCAGUCGGGACACCACCGAACACCCAGCUUAUCAUGGUCGAGCAGCUACUACCUGUGGCAAACAAACAGCCUCCUGGUCCACGUAUGCCUGAUGGCACUCGUGGUUUCGCCAUGGGCAGGGGGAAGCCAUCAUCAGCUUCGUGCGCUGUUGAGCUUUAAACCCAUUGCUAUGCUUUCAUGUUGAUAUAGAUGGUUUCGAACCAAACCUGUUUCUUGCAUGGAUGUGUGCUUUGGUAUUUUUGGACUCUUCGUUGUGGACCAAUGGUUGAUCUCUUGUACUUGAAAACUGGAGGUGUGCUGGUGUGUGUCACGCGGUUAUUGUAGUUCUACCUUUUAGGGAUUUGCUAUUUCGUUAGCAAGGCGGAAGAAAAUGACUGAAAAAGAAGUUGAAGAGUGGAAUUGUAGUGUUGUUUUCUCAAUAAUCCUUGUUUAGACUUU